UUUUUUUUCUUGUGAUUUAAACAAAAGGGGAGGUUUUGAUUUUUGGGUACAGUAAAAUCUCUUUCGAAUGGUAGUAACAGAAAAAGACUUUGAAUUUUCUUGCAAAUUUGAGUAUUGGGUUGUUGAUUGGAACAGUAAAGUUUCAAUCUUUAUAUUUUCUUGGAAAUUUGAGUAUUGGGUUGUUGAUUGGAACAGUAAAGUUGAAAUCUUGGAAAAAAAAAAAAAUCAAGUUGGAAAAAGAAAAAAAAGAUGACAUCUUCAGCUGUGAAUUUGGUGAUGACAGUUAUUGGGUUUACAGUAAGCACCAUAUUUAUAGUAUUUGUUUGUACAAGGUUAAUCUGUGCAAGAAUACAGUAUUUGACAAGGAGGAGGAGGUCCUCUGCAUAUACUUCUAGAUCUGAUCUUAACAUUUUGGAACGUGGUUCAAAUGGUCUGGAGCCUCAUGCUUUUGCCAACUUUCCGAUGAAGAAGUAUAGUGAUGCAUUUUUUACCUGUGCAGAAGAUACUCAAUGCACAGUUUGCCUUGCUGAGUAUCGGGAGGAAGACACAUUACGUAUUUUGCCAUUAUGUGGACACUAUUUCCACGCCACGUGCAUCGACAUAUGGUUUCAGCAGCAAUCUACAUGUCCUGUUUGUCGGAUUUUCCUACGUGAGACUCAUGAGAAAAAGUGCUUCAUGCAGCCCUUGUUUAGUUCAGCUGUCCGAUCUCAGUACGUGACGGAUUCUCUGAAUGUUGAUUCGACCCAAUGCUCGUCAUCAUCUGGACAUAGGCUUUCUUCAAGAUUACAUGAUAACCAGAGAGCGGACCCCACUACAGCGAGCGCAUCAAAUGCUUAAGCCUUUAGGCCACAAGAGUAUAAAUGGCGAAAUUGGCAGUCUUAAGUAUCCAGAUUUUGCUUAUCCCUUUUGUUAAGUAUAGCAAGGUGAUAUCUGUCUACGAUAGACUCAAUACUGUCCGCUUAGUGCACUGGAC